CUUCACAGAUAAUAAAUAGUAAUAUAUGAUACUUUUCUUUCAAAUGUGUAACUAAAUCAAAAAACGAAACAAAAACAUAACAGGUAGACUAGGACGCAGAUUUAAAAAGAAAAUUCAGAGUAGAAAAAUUUUAUUCAACAAUACAAAAUGGAUAGAGAACGAUCAUGGUAAUUGGUACGAAAAAUAAAGUUUUGGAAAGAACGUGCAGCUCAAGAAAGUUUUAAAAAAAUUAUAUCUGAGAACAAUAUACUCGUAGAGUAAUGAGUAGAACGUAAUAUUUGCAAAACAUUCCAUGUACAUGUGUAUUUUUCAAGCAUCAUAUAUGUAUGUACGUACAUAUGGAUGUCUGAUUAAAAGAUUUACUCAUCAUGUGAUCGUAACUAAAAAGGUUUCAAUAAUUUCUCUGUUCAAAGAAAUAUAACUUAAUAAAUGUAUAAUAUAGCGGUAAUAUUGGAAAAAAAUUAUAGGAACACAUCAAUUUUAGUUAGAAAAAUGUCCAGUAAAAUUUUCAACAAAGAAACAGAUAAUCCAGUAGAAUUUUCAAUAAAGGAAAAAUUGACAGAUUCUUUAAAUCCAUCUUAUAUUGAAAUUAUAAAUGAGUCAUAUAUGCAUAAUGUUCCGAAAGGAUCUGAAACACAUUUUAAAGUAAUUGUUGUUUCUGAUAAGUUCAAAGACAUAUCACUAAUUGAGCGCCAUCGAAUGAUAAAUAAAUUAUUGAACGACGAAUUAAAAUGUAAUGUGCAUGCAUUAUCAAUUGUAGCAAAAACACCUGAUCAAUGGAAAAAUGAAAAUACCAUAACUCCAAGUCCACCGUGUAGAGGAGGUUUUGGAAAGUAAAUCUCAAAAAUUCAAAUCAAUAUCAAUUUUCAAAUGUGCAAAUUCCAAACGGCGCACACGUAUCUCGCAUUAGAUGAAUUUUUUAAAAUUCUAAUUUCAUUUUACAUGAUAGUUGUAUACAAUUAAGGAAAUUAAAAUAAAAUAAUUAUAAACUUUAAAAUUCAUAUUAAUGUAAUUACUGAUAACACUCAAUCAGAACUAAAGUGAAAUAGAGAAUAUCAGCCAUGGAUUGUUCUGCUAUUGUUUCUUCUGCUCUGUCAUGCAUCUACAAAAUAUAAAUUCAAAUAUAAAUCAUGAAAGGUUGUAUUAAGUAACAUAAUCUCUAAUUUUUAUUACACUAUACAUACCCCUCUAAAUAUAAUAUCAGUAGGAGGACAUUUAAAAUUAGGUCCAAAAUUAACAGAAAUUGUAGCACUUUUAUGGAUAGAAACUGUGGGAUAAUAAGCUCCUUUAUUAAUAUCAAUGAAUGCUUCACCUUGAUUUACUCCGUUUUUGUAAAAUAUAAUUCUACUUCCUUGUAGUGGUUUCAGGGCCUUAAGCGCUUCAGGUACUUGAUCUUUUUCCUCGUAAUAUAGAUGACUUUUGAAUUUUACUAGGGGCUAAUUUAUAAACAAUUGAUUUAUGAAAUACACAUGAAAAUAUAAUAAACGAACAUACAUUUAAUCCUUACCCGAUCUUUAUAAGUGUUUGGUAAAUGUGAAGCAUCGUGUGCAUCAGGUAAAAUUAUUAAGAAUCCUAAUGUAUCUCCUUCUCCAUAACUAUUACUAUAAUGUUUACCUCUACUUUCAUGGAAGCGUGUACCCUUUCUGUUAAUAAUUGUAAUUAGAAAUUCAUGACAAAUAUUGUUCUAUA